AUGGAAAGAUUCAGCAGUCAUAUCAGACAGAUUGCCUUCCACUUAAUACCAUCUGCGGACUUUUGUAGUGGAUCCUUUUAUGUAUCUUUUCCACCGUGCUUCUUGAGUAGUUAUGGCGUAGAUUCCGACCUUUUACGAAUUUAUGCUCGGGGUUUUCCUUACAUACCAUCGCGAAUCAAGGUCUUUUACUUGAAUUACUAUACGCUCUAG